GGUUAUUUAACCAUUAAAAAAUUCUUUAUAUAAGUUUAAAAACUCCUUAUCUGAUUGCGCAGAGCGAAUACUCAUUGAUAAAUUGUUAAAUUCUAGUGCACUGUUAAAGUAAAACCCUUUUCUACACGUUUCGAGUUUAUGCUUGGAAGUCGUAGGUCAUAUUUUUUGUUUCUUGCAUCAUUGUCAAUGAUAUUGAAGUAGUUUGCUAAGUUUUCGCUUGUUUUUCACUUAAUACAGUUAAAUACAUUAUAUUUUUAGUUCAAAAUGUCAUCGUUUCUAUGGAGCGCUUUGUCAAUCAUUGUAUAUUGGUAUACAAUUACAGCAUUGGAUUUGAACACGACUGAUUGUGGUGAAACUGUGAACUGUUUGCUUGUGCCAAACGAUUGUGGAACAAGUAAAGAAUGCCAAAUCAUUGUCAAGUACAAGAAGGAAGGUUCAGAUAUGAUUAAUAUUGUCAUUCAUGGAAAAAACAAUGGGUGGAUUGCGUUUGGUUUGAUUGAAGAAAAACGCCAAAUGGGCGGUGCACAUGGUGAAGUUUGUUAUCAAGCUCAAGGAAAAAUGACGUUGAAAGGAUUUGUUACAGAAGGGACACAUUUCAAAAUGCACGAGCUGGACCCAUCAACAAUGGAGGGUGAAAAGAAACUUGAAAACGGAAAACUAACAUGCAGGUAUAAAAGAAAGUUUACAGGAUCCUACAUGAGGAGUGCCCUAGAAGAAUUCUAUCUAAUUGUUUCUUGGGGACCAAUCGAAAUUGAAGGAAAUAAUGAAGUUGAAGCAGAAGAACAUGAUGUGGGUAGUUAUUAUUGGUCAGAAAAUAAAGUCAAGCUAGCUGACGACGCGGCAAAGCACUCUUCGGAAUCGUUCGGUUGGAUCAUGAUUGCUGUACAUGGAGUCCUUAUGCUAAUCGCCUGGUUACAACUUGGCUCUAACGGAAUAAUUCACGCUCGAUACACCAGAGAUUUGUACGGUGAACGAACAUGGUGCGGUGUGAAAGUAUGGUUUCAAGCUCAUCGCAUGCAUAUGACGCUUUGUUACUGUCUCACUGCAAUUGGUUUUGUCAUUAUUUUUGUUGAGAGUAGAAAAAUAUCCGUGGACUUUAAACUUCAUGCUAUUCUGGGAAUCAUAGCUACCAUCUUAGCUACCGUUAAUGUAAUUGGUGGAAUUUUUAGGCCAGAUCGUGACUCAAGCAUGAGAAAUGCUUUUAACUGGAUGCACAGAAUUUCAGGCAUAUUGUCAGCGAUUUUAUCAGUUAUUUGCAUGAUAACUGGUUUGUCGUGGCUUCAUGUGCUAACUGUUCCAGUAUUUGUCGGUGUCGCUGUUGCUGUUAUUGCUGCCAUAAUCAUUGAGAUUACUAGACUUGUUUAUAAAAAGCCGGAAAACGUUGGCCAAUCAACCUUUAAAAACGAAGUCACAGCAAGCACAGCGACAAUAACAACCGUGGGUGUAGACAAAUCAAAUAAAGAGGAUACAGCAACAAAGGUUACUUUUUGGAGCACUAAUAUUGUUUUUAUUGUCAACACCAUUGCUACCAUUGUUGCAGUCGUUCUACUCAUCAUCAAAGCGAAAGAUCUUGAUGUAUAACUCAUUCACAGGAUUCGAAUUGGCUACUAUCUACAGCUGCACGUAAACUCGUGCACUUUAAAAAAAUGUGUUUUGUAACAAAUUUUUCUUCAGUCGGUUGUUUUUUACACAAAGAAGCUCGAGCGUUCUUUCACUUGCCAAAAAAGCUUUCGCCAAUUAGAAGAUUUUAAGUUUGUUGCUUUACGGAAGUGCCUUCCUGUAAAAUAAGAAAUAAGCCAUAUUUCUUCUCAAAAUUUUCUUAGGCAAAAAUCUUCACAUUUCGUUACAUAACAUGUUUUUAACUUCUUUUCGACACAAUAUUUUAACACUGUAUCCCUUUUUACAGCUGUGUGAUAUUGGCUACACCUCGAUGUCAUGCAAUGGGUACUACUUUUUUUUAAUUUUUUAAAACAUCAAGCACUAUACUUGAUUAUAAUAUUCAGAAACUCGAAGAAAUUUGGGUUAUCACAUGAGAAAUUUUUUGACGAACAUGUUUGAACUCACCAAAAGUAUUAUUCUUUAGCUGUAAAAAUCAAAUCUGGUUACACUACGUCAUAGACAUAGAAAAGCCCUGGGGACAAGGUUGCUCUAUGGGUAUUUUUUUUUGACUGCAUGCAUUACUUAAAGCACUCACCCCCCCUGGGAUCGAGCUUGUUAAAGCACUUCCAUCAUCUUCUCUUUAAGUGAUUAAUUAGGGAGGGGGGUUAGAAACUAAUUGUUUUUUUUCUGAAACUAGGUUGGCUUUGUAUAAUUAAAGAGAGUAUGUUAAAAUAUAAUUUUAACAUAAUAUUAUGUUAAAAUUGGACUAAUAUUAUCUAUUUUUUAACAACUUUAUGGAUUUGUAAAUAAAAUGUAUAUUAUUUUUGAAACUAAUUUUCUCCACCUAACCGAAGAUAGACAAAAUCAAUAAAAUUUAUAUUCAGCUACAGCCGCCAUUUUGUUGGUGUUUUUUGUAUCUUUUUGCAUAACACAAUACUCCGCUGAUAAUAAAACAAGAGAAUUAGAGGCGUAGUCACAGAUUUUUAUAGGGGGUGUUAUCCCUUUCAUUUGCUCUCCUUUUAGAGACACGUUCUUUUCGUAUCAAGAUGCACAUAAUCGUGUUUGUAAUUUUUUAUUUAUUCUUAGCAGUAGUCUUUGUAACACGUACGUAACCUAUGGAAAUAUACAAAAAGUAAAAGA